AUGGCGGAAAGAUCAACGGAUCGUUUGGCUUCUAUCAGCUCUGCGUCGACCGAAGAGAGAUUUGAUGAUAAGACCGAAAAACGUGCUUUGAUGGGUUCACAGGAUGGAGACUACAACUUAAGAACACCAGAGGAAUUGGAAGAAGACAUUGAACGAGCAGAUCUACUUGCGCCGCCACCAGAAGAUAAACCAAAGGCACCGGACAGUUCUGUGAGAUCUUCAAUAAUUUGGAUGGUGGUAAAUACACUUGCGACCAUCGGCAUUGUCUUCACCAACAAGGCAAUCUUUUCAGAUCCUUCACUGAAACUCGCACAACUCACAUUUGCUGCCUUCCAUUUCACAGUAACAUGGCUGACGCUCUUCACACUCUCGCGACCACGGUUCGCCUUCUUCACACCCAAAAGAAUUGCAGUCAAGGACAUCUUUCCACUCGCUAUUUCCAUGGCAUUGAAUGUCAUCCUACCGAAUUUAUCUCUUGCCUUUUCGACAGUUACUUUCUACCAAGUAGCUCGAAUUCUCCUCACGCCAACCGUCGCUCUUAUGAAUUUCGUUUUAUACCGAUCCACUUUACCUAGGAAUGCGAUAUAUGCUUUGAUACCAGCUUGUCUCGGUGUGGGAAUGGUUUCUUAUUACGAUUCACUACCUGCUGCUGAUGCCAACAUCCAAACCACCAGUACUUUAGGGUCAUCUUCGCAUUCUCCGGCAUUUUCGCCAGUUCUCUCUACACAUUAUCACAAGAAAUUGCAAGUCAACAGCAUGCAAUUAUUAUUUAGCCAAGCACCGUUAGCAGCUUUCAUGUUGCUCUACGUUAUUCCAUUCGUCGACACUUUCCCUGUUUGGGCGGAGGUGCCUGUCAACCGAUGGGUUAUGAUCAUGAUGUCGGGCGGGUUUGCAUGUCUAAUUAAUUUGUCACAAUUCUUCAUUAUUGCUCAAACUGGUCCCGUAUCGAGUACUGUUGUUGGCCAUGUCAAAACAUGUUCGAUUGUUGCUCUUGGAUGGAUGACCUCUGGACGCGCUGUGGGUGAUAAAUCAGUAAUUGGUGUGAUGAUUGCAAUUGCUGGAAUUGUUGCAUAUUCAAUGGUAAUGAUCAAACACAAAACCCAACCAAAGAAAUAA